AUGCCCGAGGCACUCCCUCAUGAGACACCGAUCGACAUCUUGGAGGUCGGCUCAGAGCUGACCGAGCGCGACAUAGGCUUCGUCCAGGGCGCCUGGCCUCAUGAGGGGGCCACAGUCUGCCAGCACAAGGGCCUGGGGAGGAGGCGGCACCGGCACGUCGGCUGGCAUCAUCGCCAAGGAGGUCGUCUCUUUCCUCAAGACGAACUCCUGUUCGUUCACGAGUUCUUCCUGCCGAUCCAAGUCCUCGCCGAUUUGGCCAAGUCUUUGCCCCUAGGCCACGGAAUCCACUCUAUAUAUAUUCCCCAUCUUCUUCUCUUUCGACUUUUGGCAAAUUUUUGUCUUCCCGUGCCCGUUUCGCCCGGAUCCGAUCUUGCCGGAGUUCGCCGCUGCAGGAGCAUCUCGCCGGUUGUUUCCGUCGACGCAGAAGGGAAGCACCCAUCCGAGUGCUUCGACCUCCGCCCCGACGAACACCACCGUCGCCGCUCCAGCCGAACCUCACGGACGUUAGCACAAGGACCGGUCGUCCCGGAGGACGUUUUGGAGUUCGACGUGUCCCUCCUCGCCUCGUCCUGUUCUCCCCGAGCUCGGGAGGCCUUUCCAGCGACGCCAGCUUCAAAUCCGAGCCGCGCCGCCGCCGUCUCAUUCAAUUCCGGCCGGCCUACUCUGUUCCUCUCCGAUUGUCCGGAGUGUGAAGCGGAUCGGAAUUAAUUGUUAGAGUACUUCAGCACCGUUCAAGG